AUGCCGGACAACGAGAUUGAUCAAGAGGCCAAGCCAUCUGGCUUCAAGAGCUACAGACGCAUCUUCCGCUAUGCUGAUCGAAAGGCCUGGUUUCUUUACUCUAUAUCCUUCCUUGCCGCUACUGUCUCUAUCUUGGGCAUUUUUUAUGGAUGGAAACUUGGCCUCGUGUGUGUCCUUGCUGCUCUGCCCCUACUGCUAUUAAGCGGUUACUUCCGUAUCCAUCUUGAGAGCAAGCUGGAGGAAGAUACUUCUACACGCUUCGCCAGCAGCGCUGCAAUUGCAACGGAAGCAGUCUUAGCUAUAAGGACAGUAUCAUCCCUUACUCUGGAGAACAGGAUUCUUCAAAUAUACCAAGAAAGACUCGACGUAGUUGCGCAUCAGUCUGUAAAAACCCUGACUUUUACAACGUUUUGGUACGCCUUGACUCAAUCUAUUACCUUCCUAGCUAUGGCCCUAGGCUUCUAG